GCUGUUCAUACUGUUCUCUUUGUAGUCACUGAACAAGAGACUAAAGUGCCCAAGAAAACCAUCAUCAUAGAGGAAACCAUAACCACUGUGGUGAAGAGCCCAAGACAGAGGGGAAGGGUUUCUCCUGCACGUUCUCCCUCGGGUCAUUCUCCUUCCCGCUCCCCGAGGGCGGAGCCGACUCCGGAGCCGGUUUAUGUCUCCAAGAUCAGGCAGCCUGUCCACAGGCACGACCAGGAGGCAGCACCCAAGUCUGCUGUGCCCAGGCUUUAUGUGACAGAACCGGAGGACAGGCAAGGAGCAGCGGCGAGAGAGGUCGUGGAGAGCAAGGCGGAGGAGAAAAAGCCCAAGUGGGUCGAAGUGGAAGAAAUAAUUGAAUUCAAGGUGAAAAAAUCGCCCAAACCCGCAAGGAAAAGAGGCUCUUCCCCAGUGAAACAAGAAAAGGAUGAGUCAGGGGUGUUGACAUUCACUUUUCCCAGCUCGAGGCCGAGGCGCUCCCCAGAAGAUGAUCCAAACACAAACAACUCCAAUAAUAAGCUGGUGGAACAGUCAAAACCCCUGCCCAGUGAGGGGCUCUCCGAAGGUGACAUCCAGCCCCUGGUCUACACAACCGAGCAGGAAGGGCCUCAGGUCAGCAGCGAAGACAGAAACUCCCCGUGUGGGUCCCAGCAACUGGGAAACGAUUCAUUCAUGGAUUGUGGCUCCGAAGGGAAGAGCUUCCCGCAGGAAACGAGGCCUGACUGUGGGCCAGACGCCGCCUGCCCACUGCUCGCCUGCGGGGGGGAACCUUUGGUCUUCAGUUUUGAGGCAGCUGCCGGAGACCAGCACGAAGUUGUGUUCUCCCUGGACAGUCCCGAGGUUAAGGAGGAGGUGGAUGAGCUGGAUGUGUCUUGGCCUGCGGAUGAGGCGGUACCCGAAGCGGUACCGGAGGAUGACGAGGAGGACAGCGUCGUCAUCGUCGACGAGCCCGAGGAGCCACGGGAGGACGACAUCAGCGCCCGGGACCGCAAGAUCCUCACCCGCAACGGCAAAAUCCUGACCCUGGAGGACCUGGAGGAUUACGUGCCCCGGGAGGGCGAGACCUACGGGUGCGACGAGCAGAGGCGGGCGGCGGAGCGGCCCUGCGAGAUCUCGGUGCUGCAGGCGGAGAUCGGCCAGCCGACCGUGGGGAAGCCGGUGCUGCUGAACGUGGGGAGGCCCGUGGUGGCCGAGCCCGGCCGGAGGUUCUUCACCCGGUACCAGGAGCAUGUCCCUGGGGGCGUCUUCGUGUCGGCGUCGCGGGUGUCGCCCUCCAACGUGUCCUUCCGUGUGAGCGAUUCCCGCUCGGCGGCAGCGGCGGCGGGGGCUGCCCCGGGCCCUUCCUUCACCAUGAAACCCUCCUUCUGCACCGAAGUGCAGCGCUCGGCCGACAGCGGCCAGCCCAGCUUUAAGACCGAAGUUUCCACCAGGACCCUCAGCUACGGGACCGUGGGCGAGCCCGUCACCUUGCACAUCAGCACAGAAGACCUGUCCCAGAGCUGAGCCGGAUGCAAGCGUGGUUUUUAACAACACUGAAAAAAAAAAGCAGCUUUUUGUAUAAAAA